AGUGCGACCUUCGCUCUUGCGGUCCGUUGGAUGAAAGCUAAAGCGCCCCGCCAAAAUCCCUCCAACGAAUCGCAUCAAUGGCCACCAAUCUUCCUUCCAACGACUCUUCACCUCGAUCACAGCCGACAUUUUGCCAACCCCCACCCCCCCAUCUCUCUCUCUAUUUCUCACUCUCCUUUUUAUUUCCACCUUCCCCUUCGCUCAUCACCCUUCUCUCUACUUUCACUAUCUAUUCUUCUCUGCUCCGUGUCCAUUUGAAGGCCUUUUGUGUGUGUGCGCGCGUGUGUCGGUCUAGCAGAGCCAUUCUUCCGGUUUUGGGACUUGCCCACAUUGGAAUGUGGUGAACAAACCUGAAAUUGCUUCUUCUUCACAUGCAGUUCUGUUUUCUGAAUCUGGGUUUUGUGGUGAUUCUGUGUUUUUUUUCCCUUUUCUUGUAAUGGGUUUCGUGAUUCUGCUGGAUUUUUCACCUGGGUUUCUAUUUUGAGAUUUCUCUUUUGGGGGUUGAAGAAACAUAGUGGAUAAAGUGAUGGACCAGAAGAGCUGGCUUUGGAGGAAGAAAUCAUCAGAGAAGAUCAUCGUUUCAAGUGAUAAAGUAAACCUCUCUGUGAAUAAGAAUGAAGAAGAGACACUUCUUAUAGACAAAGCACGGUUAGAGAAAGAUCUUGAGAUUGCAAAUGAUAAGCUUUCUGUAGCUCUCUCUGAUUGUAAGACAAAAGAUGAACUUGUGAAGAAACUUACAAACAUGGAACAAGAAGCCAUUGCCAGAUGGGAAAAGGCAAAAUCUGAAGUAGCAAUCUUAAAGCAAGAUCUCAAUGAUGCUGUACAGAAGAGGGUUGCUGGUGAAGAGAGAUUGAUUCAUUUAGAUGCAGCUUUAAAGGAAUGUAUGCAGCAGCUCCGGUUUGUUCGAGAAGAGCAGGAACAGAGGAUUCAUGAUGCUGUCUCAAAGACAUCGAAUGAAUUUGAAAAAACCCGAAAGAUUUUGGAGGAGAAGUUAGCUGAUGCUGGUAAAAGGCUUUCGAAAUUGGGUGCGGAGAACACUCAACUUAGCAAGGCUUUGUUGGUGAAGGACAAGAUGAUUGAAGAUCUAAAUAGAGAGUUGAUCGGUGUGGAAACGGAUCUUAAUGCUUUAGUAUCGAGAUUAGAAUCCACGGAGAAAGAAAAAGGUUCUCUAAAGUAUGAAGUUAGAGUUCUUGAAAAGGAGGUCGAGAUUCGGAAUGAGGAGCGAGAAUUUCAUAGACGAACUGCUGAUGCAUCGCAUAAGCAACAUUUGGAGGGUGUGAAAAAGAUUGCAAAGCUAGAAUCUGAGUGUCAAAGGCUGCGUCUCCUCGUUCGGAAGAGGUUGCCAGGUCCUGCGGCCUUGGUAAAGAUGAAAAAUGAAGUUGAAAUGCUAGGAAGGGAUUCAUUUGAGAUCAGAAGACGGCAAUCGAAUCCAACAAGUUCUUUGGACUCUUCACUAGAGAGCUCUCCAGAGACUCGUAACGAACGUCUUAAUGUUGCAACUUGUAGAGUGUCAGCUUUGGAAGAAGAGAACUGUGCCCUCAAGGAAGCUCUCAACAAAAAGAAUAACGAACUUCAAGUUAUAAAAAUCAUGCAAGCUCGCACAUCUUCGUUACAAGUUGCAUCACCCCAUGAAUUAUCGAAUGGUCAAAAAGUUAUGGAAUCAGGAAAAAGUGGUCUAACAUUGUCUGAGCUUCCAGUUGCCUCGAUGUCUGAUGCGGGGAGCGAUGAUAAGGGUAGCUCUGCUGAAUCAUGGGCUUCUCCAUUGAUUUCGGAAUUCGAGCACUUCAAAAAUGGAAAGCUAAAAGGAUCGCCAACAACGUGCAAAAUAGUUGGAUCUUCUGAUUUGGAACUGAUGGAUGACUUUGUUGAAAUGGAGAAAUUGGCUAUUGUCUCUGUUGAAAAAUCUGCUGCAAAUUCUCAUAUUCUUUCGAAUGAAGUUAAUGGAAAACCGAAGUCCGUGGAAACUGAGCUAAAUAGAUGUUACCCUGAAGCAAUGUCGAAAAGUAGUAAUCCGGGCUCCUGUUUAACAUACCCAGAUGUUAUAUCUGGAGAUGUAUCAAUGGGUAAAGUUCCUGAUUGGCUUCAAAAUAUCUCGAAAAUGGUCCUUGACCAAAGUAGUGUAUCCAAAAGAGACCCCGAACAAAUACUGGAGGAUAUUCGAGCAGCGAUGAUACACCGGAGUCCUGAACAACUUAUUGAUACAGAACUGUUUGCAAAUCGUUGUGAUGAACUUAAUGUCCCUUGUGAUAAUGGCAGCAUGUUGCUGAAGCCUUCGGGGAUAGAUUCAGUGAGUGAUGCGAAUGAGGUUGACAUCACUCAUCAGGUCGAUAUACGUGGUUCAGUGUCAAGACUGAUUGAGCUCGUUGAAGGGAUUAGCGUGUCGUCUUUGGAUGAUGAUAAAUCUUCCUACAAAAAGGAUGGUAGUUUCUAUUCAGAAGCACCUACAGGCUAUAUGGUACGAGUUUUCCAAUGGAAGAUGUCUGAACUUAACACUAUUUUGAAGCAGUUUAUGCAUAGUUGUUAUGACCUGUUGAAUGGAAAGGCAAGCAUUGAAAACUUUCUACAAGACCUAAAUUCUACCUUGGAUUGGAUAAUGAACCACUGUUUUUCACUUCAAGACGUUUCGAGCAUGAGAGAAUCCAUAAAGAAGCAUUUCGAUUGGGAUGAAUCACGUAGCGACUGUGAUCUGGAAACAGGGACGAUGGUGCACGUUUCAGAAGUUGAUAAAUCACGUGUUCUAAGAGAACAGUUUCCAUGCUUGGAAAAGGAUAGCAUUUCAAAGAACCAUGAUGUGCCAACAGGAGAGCUGCAAUCUACCUUAACAGAAGAACAUAGAAAAUUGAAAGAAGAGGUUACAAGCGUAGAAUCUGCGAAGAACGAUCUCGAAGCAAAGUUUCAGUCUACGAACGGUGCAAGAGAAACACGAACAAAUCAACUUCAAGAAUCAGAAAAGAAGAUUGUCAACUUGGAGAAGGAAUUAGAAACUCUUAGAGAAUUGAAGGGAACAAUUGAAGGUCAAAUUGUCAAUCAGCAAGUGGUGAAUCAUGAUCUCGAUGCACAGCUAACGGCAGCGAAAAACGAACUAAAUGAGACUCGCAGAAAGUUUACAGCUCUAGAAGUUGAAUUGGACAAUAAAAACAAUUGCUUUGAAGAAUUAGAAGCCACAUGCCUUGAACUGCAACUUCAGCUGGAAAGCACAAGGAAACAAAACCCGAGCAUGGAUCUCGUUCAGGAAGAGAAGCAAUUACGCACGGAAUGGGAGAUAACAACUGCUUCUGAAAGAUUAGCCGAGUGCCAAGAGACGAUUCUAAACCUCGGGAAGCAGUUGAAGGCUCUGGCUACUCCCAAGGAAGCUGCACUUUUAAACAAGGUCAUUCUUAAUCCAAACGACGAAACGCAAACAUUGAGCGUCUCCACCACCACAACCACCCCCACCCCUACGACAGACACAGCCUCGACCCCAACUGUCUCUAAUAUGAAGACGACAAAUAACCGGUUUUCUCUGCUAGAUCAAAUGCUAGCCGAGGAUGAUGCCUUCCCUAAAGAUCAUGAAAUGCUGAAGCCUGUCGAAGUCGAUGCCAAUCACACUUCAACGUCAGACCCGGAUAAGGCAAUCAAUCCACAGAAAGCAGUCCUCAUAUGGAAUGGACAUAAAAAUGGAGUCGACAAAGAUACAGUUGGUAAUUUGGCUAUCGUACCGAGCCGAAAGCAGGGAGAUGGGGAUGGGGGGUUGUGGAGAAAACUCUUAUGGAGAAAGAAGAAAGGCAGGAGCCAUAAAAAGGCCGUUCUAUUCGGCGGAUGAGGUGAAGGAAGCAAAGCACUGAAGUGCAUAACAAGUUAACGACAAGAUUGGCAGCUAAGUUUACUCUUCUUUGACUUCUGGUUUCUGUUUUGUUUGGUUUGUUGCUGCACAAAUAGGAAAUAUAGAUAAUAAGGGAUUGGAUGCUUCCUAAUUUUGCAGGUUUUGUAAUGAUUGAAUGAAUUUGUGAUGUACAUAUGUAAAUCCAUGCCUAAACAUGAACAUAUAACCUGACCAAUGAAUGUUUUUGUGCCUGAUACUCAUGUGACAUGGAUGGUGUUCUACUAUACAUCGCCAGACCUUAUCUUUGUGUUGUUUAAUUGA